UAUAUAUAAAAAAUGACGCACUUUGAUAAAGCAGAAUCCAUUGCUACCAACACACUUCUUGUACCAGAUGUUCCUCUAUGUUUUUUUGGCUGCGAUGAUGCUAUGCUCACUAUUCAUGAUGCCUUUGCCAAAUUUGGCCUUCUGUACACAUUUGUGCCUAUGAAGGGAUUUAGACGUCUCAUGAUUAUCUAUCAAGAAACAACACAUGCUCUUGAAGCGAAAAAGACACUCAAUCAUAGCAUAUUGGCAUGGAAACAACGAGAGCCAUUUCCAGAAAUCUUGGAAUUGGCAGAGAAAAACAUAGACCUCAAAAAAGACUGGCAAAAUCAAGGCAAACAGGUAUUUGAUAUUCGUGUUUAUUUCGGACAGCACUUUGCCAUCCAUGUCGAUCCCAACUCCAAUUCACUUCAAGUACCUCAGUUUCAACGUAACUUGCUCAUCUCUCCACCUGGAUCACCUUGUGAAGGUUGGGAACAGAUUGAAGAAGACGCACCCAAUCAAGCUAUUUUAGCUUCUGAUUUGAUGCACGCAGCAGAAAUAUCUGAUUAUGAAUUAGAUGAUGAUGAGCUUGAAUUAGAAGAAAGACCAGUAGCACCCAAGACGGUUUCGAUUGUCUGUUCAAAAGGUCUUGAAAAGCCUGAAGAAUUACCUGCUAUUACUGUUCAAGACUGGGAUGGCUAUAGUGGCGCAAGCAUACCAAGGAAGAAGCUUAUGCAACAAUUGACGCCAACAGCCAUGCCUCCUCUUAAGAAAUAAAAUAGAUAAUAUGUUUAUUUUAAGAUAUAGUCAAA